AUGGAGCAGAAAGGAAAAGGCUUUGUGGGCAUGCGCAGUGUGGGCAUCCCCACGGCCAAUCCCCGCAAGAGGCACUGGGACCAGCUCAGCGCAUAUUCCGCCUGCAGGUGCAUCGGGCGGGGCAAGGAGGAGAGAUUCAAGGAACAGAGGGUCCCACCUCACGCCGCCUUCCAGCCGCCCAGCAGCUUGGGGGCGCCCGCACCCGGGCCCUGCUGCUAUAAAGCUUCUGAACCCUGCACCCUGCACAUUAGCCAGUGGCCUCAAGAGGCUCCAGCUUUUCCUCCUGGGACCGCCCUGGGCGCUAUGGGCGAGCUCCCUUUCAGGGUGCACGCAUCCUUGGACCCGGACCACCUGUGGAUCUGGAACACCGGCGUGUAUGUGGACGAGUACCAGCGCCCCUGGCUGCCCAUUACCAUCGAGACUGAGACUGGCCUCCAGGUGCUCAUGCGUCAGGAGGACGUGCCCCUGGGGGAGGCCAUGCGCCCCAGCCAGCUGCCCCCCAGCCUGCUGCCUUUGAUGUGGCAGCUCUACCCCGGGAGACGUUACCGAGCGUCUGACUCCAGCUUCUGGCGCAUCGUGUACCACAUUGAGUUCGGCGGCAUAGAGGACUUGCUCCUGGAGCAGCUACCAGACCCCGAAGAGUGA